AUGGCUGUGGAGGGUGUCCAUAGUGACAGCGCCGCCGCAUUAGGAAAUGAAGCUGAGGAGGGCUACGUGAGUGAUGCAUCGGAGGGUCUUGUUCAGUCCAUGGUCGAGGACAGCAUGAGGCGGACUGAGAGAGCCGAGAGCAAACUGGAGGCUAGCGCUUCGCUGGAAGACCGGAUAACACUGUUGGCGUCGCUGGUUGGGGAGAGGGGGGCUGCGGCGGCGGCGGCGAUGAGGGGGGGUCGAACUAGAGCCGGCUCGACGUCAUCGGCGGCGGCGGCAGGAGUCGUGGGUCCUGCACCUAUUGAAUCGUCGUCUUUGGUCCAACUCCGACAGUUGUGCUUGCACUUGUUGACCUCUACCAUGGGCGAGAGGACGUUACGGAGGAGCUAUGCAGUGGACACUCUCGCGGCGGCGGCACUGAAAGCCUCGUUUCGAAGAGAUUCCCUGAGUGCAGGGGGCGCAUUGGAGUUGGAGGCGGCUUGUGUAUCACUUCUAGAUGCUGCCCAGGCCCCUCAGAAAGAGGGCGAAGGGGCUAUGGCGGUCCUAAGGCGAAUGUCGGCGCUGAAAGCCGCAGUGGACUUGACCACAGGUAGUGGGUUCCUCAACGACCAACCGAGUGCAGUGGACGACGCCCGAUACUGUAUCGUCAACCACCUCCCGGAAAAGGAGACCAGUGUUGAGGUUCGCACCGCCUUGUUCCGCUGUUUAGCGCUGCUCCCGCACGCCCUAUCGGAUGGCAUACGAUCGAUGAUUGUGAACACCCUUAUUAAGGCGCCACUCUCAGUGGCUGACCUCGAGUCUAGUAUUGCUUGUGCUGGCGUACUGUGCAAGAAGGUCAGUAGUUUGGAUAGUCUGCGUAAAAAGUUGAAGUCGGGAGGCAACAGCAACAACGCGGCUGUGAUGGUCGCUAUGGCGCGCUGUGGGUUAGACGAGGGCAGCCCUAUGAGGCCCCUGGAGGUCCUAAGGACACUUCUGGAGGUUCCUGGGGACCCGUCUAUAGUGGGAAUAGUGGACGGCAUCGGUGGUGAUGCUGAAGUCUUUGGGAAGUGCUGUUGUUCAUUGGUAUGGCGGGCAAGUGAACUGGGUCUAGCUGGGGAAGUCUUCGACUUUCUUAUAGAGGACUUGCGCGACCAAGGGGCCCCUAGGACUACCUUCCAGAGGCUGAUAACACUAAAGCUAGUGGAAGUGUGUGUUAGGGCAGGAGGGGUUCCGGGGGUCUACUUCGACCAGGACUGGGGUGAGGUGACUGAACUGCUCUUGGCGUAUGCAGUUGAUGAGGCUGGUGUCACUGGGGAGGCUGCUAGCAGGGCGCUGAUGGCUGUAGGGCCGGUGCUCGAUGUGGUGCGCUGUGAUCCGUCCUUUACGACAAGGGUAGUGGGCAGGCUUAGGGAAGGAGGAGGAGGAGAUAGUGGCACUGAGUGGAGGAAGCGUUUUGGGUUAUGUCAACUAGUGGGCGCUCUGGUCUCGUCGGCCCCUUUAAGUGUAGUGGAGACGGUGUUCAAGACUGCAUUAGGGUGGCUUGAGGGAGGUGUGGACUCUAGUGAACUGCCUAGGGCCGCCUGUGCUCUCACACUCGUGGAAGGCUGCCUCAACACCCCGUUUGAUCGGGCCCGAUGGGUCCUCCUUCCGAGCCUGCAGCAGCUACUGGGCAUACUAGAUGGUCUGUUGGGGUCGGCGGCUAUCUCGGAACUCCAGAGCUGGAUCAUAUCAACGGCAGCUCUUGGUGAUGCUGACGAGGUUGACUCUACUGCGGAUCUGCACUUGAACGACCGCUUGGUCAUCCUGCUGGUGGGCCAACGGGUUGUGGCUCUUGUUCUGAGCGUGAUGAGCAGUGACGAUAAACCAUCUGAAACGGCGAAGGAGGCGGCAGCGAAAGCAGUGGAGUUUUUGAUCGAAAUUCUGAAUUUGCUGAAGUUCCUGCCGAGCCCGCUGACGCCUAUCAGCGACCCACAGCCGAGGUUAAUACGGAGUUUAGCUGACCGGGGCAUACCCGACAGGUUGAGGGUCUUCCUGCAUGGCCCGACGGGGCCUGAUGUCCGCAGGGCUGACACUGGGCUGAGGCUACUGGGCGAAAUCAAAUGCUGCUGUUGCGAGGCCUUGCGGAAGGUCAUAGAGAAGGAGGAAGUGCUUGACAGUGGGCAAGUGGGGGCAGUAGUGGAGGGCCUGCUGGAGGACGUGGGAGGGGAGCUGGAAGAGCCCCUUGGGGUCCCACCGAGUGAUUGGGUAACUAGUGGGGCUGUGUUGACCAUAAUGGAGAGAGCGAGUGAUGAAGUUAAGGAGGCCUGUGGGCUGCUGCGGUCGAUUUCGGACGCUCUUGCGGCUGGUGUGGUAUCAAGUGAAAAACGGUUGGAGACGAUUGAGAGGAUGGUCAGGUCUGUGAGGGAUGGCCUUCCUGUAGUAGACUUUUCGGGAGUCCAGGAAGGGACUCAAGUCGUGAUCCCGAACGACCUGCGCGCAGUGGUACUGUUGAGGACGCUAGUGAGAGUGGCCGAACAUGUGCAGGGCGAGGAUAAGAUUGCAUGCUCGGAGGAGAUGAUGACGCUGAUAGAGGUAGCCCUGCUGAAGCCUCUGGAUGUGUCUAGGUUGAAUGCCUUGUUGAGGCUGUUGGUGACAGUAGCCCCCACCUUCCCUGAGAGGGUCCGUGCCUUGGUCCAGAAAAUAGUGGAUACUACAGAGUGUCGUGAUGAAAUCAUCGUGAACUGCUGUCGAGCAGUGGAUGCCCUCACGGAUGUUGUGGAUGUGUGGGAGGAGUUUAGUCGUUCGGAGUCGCAGCUGGCCUACAGUACUAAACCUGGGUUACGAUUCGCUGUGUUAUCGGCGCUACGCCACGGAGGGUCGAGGGCGUUGGGUCUGUCUGUGGCCCACAUGGUGGAAGAGUCUUGGGACUCUCGGGCGGCCUGGGAGCAGCUCGGGCGGGUUCUUGAGACAUGCAGAAGGGGCCCUCCUACGGCCCUGUCUAUGACGUUGAUGCGGGCUCUCGAGCUGAUGGCUGGUCGUGAGUCUGAGGCCGUCUCCAUUCAUUUGCUAGGGUACUCUGCGGCGUGCAUUGAGACCAAUCCUGAGACACCCAGGCGGCUGUGCCGGAAGAUGAUACAGUCGGGAUAUUACGGUUCUCGAAGGCAAGCAGUUGCUUGCCUGUUGCAGCUAGCUGAGAAGUCCAUCCCGGUGGGAGCGGUCGAAUGGGGCCCAGCACUUGUCAAAUUGUAUAGUAGUAGUGCCGUGAGGGGGGAGGAGGGCCUCUGUGAGGAGAUAGAGCGGCUGGUGAAAGUCAUGGGCCAUGUGCAGCCGAGGGAGUCUAUGGAGACGGCCUUGGUCGUUUUGGGCGGUCUUGCUAUGAGUCCCAGUGCGGCACCGCCCGGCUCGACCGUGUCACCACGUGGUAACGUGCGUGGACGAUCCCUUUCUGUGGAGGUCAUGCGUGGGCGAGUGAUGGAGGAUGGUUCUAGUCCAGUUGCAGCAACAACGAGAUAUGAUGAUGCUGAUAGCCAUCCUCGUACACCUGUGCUCCUACCGAGGGCCCGGGCCUUGGCCGCUCGGCUCUUGGGGGUAGUGGUAGCCAACGUGGAGGUCGACCCAGCGGAUACGAACUCGCCAGAAGCUGUGCUGAAGUUAGCACUCAUGUUGGCGAAUUCAACCGAUGAGAAGACUGUUGGACCGUCCAGAGAUUGGACUGCUCUAUACGUGGCCUCUCUAGAGCUCCUGCAUCUAGUUGUGCAGAAAUACAGUGUCGCUGCUGAUAGCAGUCUACCGCGGCUGGCUGCCUAUGAAGCGCAGGUGGUGCCGGUCCUAAGAGCAGCACUGCAGGCUUCGUAUAGUGUCCAGGUUGAUGAGAAGGGGCAGUUGUUGUUCGAGGGACGGUAUGGCUCAGAGGCCUCAGCUGCCUCUGCGUAUUUCAAAUGCUUCGUUACUCUUGCUGACUGCUUGGGAGAAUCCUCCACUGUGAGUGAGGAGAUCAGGAGCUCGCUGGUCCCGCACGUCGAGAGGCUGCUGGAGGACUGUGCGGUGGCUGGGCGUAUCUAUAGUGACAAGGAGGAGGCGACAGACUAUAAUUUUCUGACCUUUCGGGGGGCUGAUUUUGCCUCUGUACGGGAGAGAGUAUGCGGGCCUGUUGCCAAUGCGGCUGUAGUGUUAGCCUGGGUAUUGCAGCUGAUUGACGGCGGCUAUGUGGCGCCUUGCAGGGAAAUUGUCGAGUAUUUGCUCACUACUGGGUGGCCUGGGCUGAGUGGGCAGAUCCUCACAGGGGCUCUGUCUGCCAUAGUGGAGGAAGGUAUAGAGGAUAAUGAGGUUGUCGAGAGGGUGCGGCAAUGGACGGCUAAGGUGCGCUACGAGUCGAUGGACAACAUGCAGUUGUUGGCGCUCGCUGAAGUCUUCGACAAGUUCCAAUGUGAGGAGCGGGCUGACUGUGCACAGCAGUGCCUCCGUAGGGGCAUUCUGAUAACCAAAUCGAUAAAAGCUUUGCUUGACCAUAUUGAGGAAGGUGCUCUCGUGGACUCGCCCUUUCCAGUGGACACUGUAUUGAUCGCCCCAGAGGUGACGCUGGCUCGAUGUAUCGCGAAAAUCAUGAACGAUGUGCAUCUUGGGAAAAUCGAGGUCGAGAGACUACUUGGAGUUUUGAAGAAGUGUCCGGACUCGAUCUGGCAGGGGGAUGUUCACCUCGCUGAUGAGCUUGCUCGGACCCUGUUUGUCGGGUUCACUUUUCACAGCGAUAUGUCUGGCAAGAAGCCACAAGCACCGGAGGUGGACGUCAGCCAGAUGACUCUGGCCAAGAGCUCUGGCGAUCGCAUCAACACUACUGUUGUCGUUCACCCCAUUGUGCUCCUCUCUAUUGUCGAUCAUUACAACAGGGCGGCUAGGGGCACGGCGAGACGUGUUGUGGGCACGCUGUUGGGCCAGAUGCUGGAUGGUAAACUGCAUGUUACCAACAGCUUCGCCUUGCCCUUCGAGGAGGACCUGAGAGACCCUCAGGUGUGGUUUGUUGACCAUAACUAUCACGAAAAGAUGUAUGCCAUGUUCAAAAAGGUCUCGCAGAAGGAAGUGGUCGUGGGGUGGUACUCUAGCGGGCCCAGGAUUAAACCUAGCGAUCUCGCAAUCAAUGAGAUCUUCCGACGGUAUUGUCCGGAGCCUGUGUUCCUCAUUAUGGACGUCACUGGAGGCAAUAACUUCCCCAUGCAGGCCUACUACUCGGCUGAAGAGGCCUCUGCAGAUCCUCUCACUCGUAGAACCUUCGUUCACUUGCCUUCUGUUGUUGGAGCCUUUGAAGCCGAGGAGGUCGGUGUAGAGCAUCUGCUACGAGACAUCAGGACGCAGAGCACGAGUACUCUGGCCACUCGAGUGGAGUCUAAGAUGAAUGCCUUGAAAACCCUCGUGGUGAAGAUUAAUGAGAUUGCACAGUACUUAGGGCAGGUUAUCGAUGGCAAGCUGCCUCCUAAUGCACAAAUCAUCUACAAUCUCCAGAACAUAUUCAACUACUUGCCUGGUGACAGCCAGGAGGACGUUGAGCUCAUGCGUUCUUUCAAUGUGGAGACCAACGACAGUAUGCUGUGCAUUUACUUGGGAUCGAUACUGCGUGCCACCGUCGCCCUGCACAACCUCAUCAACAACAAGAUCGCUAAUAAGGCACCAGAAGCAGAGGCGGAGGCUAAGGCCGAGGCUAAGGCAGAGAAGAUCUCUGCAGCUAAAGGUAAGCAGCCUAGCGGCUUUCCAACGCUGAGCUGGUCUGUUGUAGAGAGCAAGAAGUCGGCAACAGCACCGUGA